CUCAUGUUACAAUUACACAUAUGUAUGACACACAAUCACAAAUCUCUUUCUUUAUCACUCUCUAGAGUAGUAGACAUGUUUGCUCCAACUUCAUCUUCCUCAUACUUCUCCAUCUUCUUCCUCCCAACCAUUUUAUUCAUUUGUAUAAACCCUUCUGAAAGUUCCAUACAAUCUUUCAUCUAUGGUGGCUGCUCCCAUAUAAACUACGCUCCCGGAACACCUUACGAAUCCAACGUCAACUCGAUACUCACUUCCUUUGUCAACUCAGCGUCAUCAACUUCUUUCAACAACUUCAAAAUUUCGGUCCCCGGUUCCACCCAAAGCGACGUCGUCUACGGCCUCUUCCAAUGUCGUGGCGACCUAACCACCUCCGACUGUCGUGACUGCAUUGCGGGUGCUGUGAGUCAACUCGGCUCACUCUGCCGUGACUCUACUGGUGGGGCGUUGCAACUCGAAGGGUGCUUUGUUAAGUAUGAUAACAUCUCGUUUUUGGGAGUUGAGGAUAAGAGUUUUGUGUUAAAGAAAUGCGGGCCUUCGGUUUCGUACGCUUCGGAUGAGUUGAUUCGUCGAGAUGCCGUGUUGGGAUACCUAAUGGCCGGGGGAGAUUAUUUUCGGGUGGGCGGGUCGUGGGAUGUGCAAGCGGUUGCACAGUGCACACAGGAUUUGAGUGGGGGCGAGUGUCAAGACUGCUUAUCGGAGGCGAUAGGACGGGUUAAAAGUGAGUGUGGGUCAUCGACGUGGGGCGACAUGUUCUUAGGGAAAUGCUACACGCGAUACACGGAACAUGGGGUGCACUUGAAGAACAACGGUGAGUUGAUGUUUGAUUAUCGCAUUUAUAUUUGGUGGUUAAUAAUUUGUGGUUUAGCUUUGUUUUAAAAUUAACUUACUUGCAUUAAUGUGAGUUAUAUAUGUACAUGGUUAUGUAAUUUGAUGAAGUAUUACUCAUGGUUGUUUUAUUUGAGAAAGAAUUAAUCCGUUU